AGAGAUAAGCAAAGAUUACAUAACAGCGGCAAGAGAGGCAUGUUACCGAACCGAAUGUGUGAGGCACUGCGACCCUUGUUAUCCACUCUGGGAGGCAACUUGAAGGCGGGACGUGCAAUAGUCCGUGACGUGAGAUUCCGUUCAGUUCUGGUGGAAGAUACCAUGAGUGGAGAAAACCGCAUGGACACCUGGCAAGAAAGGUGGAAAGAAGGCAGAACAGGAUGGCAGCUAUCAGACGUCCACUUUGGCCUUGAGAAUCAUGCAUCCAAGUUGUUGCCCAAACCUGAGCGUCGGAUCUUGGUGCCGCUCUGUGGAAAGACCGUGGAUAUUGAGUGGUUGUACAGAGAAGGGCACACAGUGGUGGGCAUAGAAGGAAUAGAGCAACCAAUAGUUGAGUUCUUCUCAGAGCGCAACUUGCCCUACACCACUGACCACUUGACGUGGGCUAAAGUGUUCAAGACGGAGGAUGAUCGACUUAGGAUGUACUGCUGUGACAUUUUCAAGAUGGAUAUGGAAAGCUUAGGAAAAUUUGAUGCCAUCUGGGAUAGGGGCUCGCUGGUUGCCAUAUAUGAGGAGGACAGAGAAAAGUAUGCCCAAAUGAUUAAGGCUCUACUGGCUCCAGAUUUUCGUUACAUGAUCAGCGCUACUCAGUACACCCCAAAUGAAGGUUUUAGUGGGCCACCAAGGAACAUUCCAACAGCUUUACUGGAAAAAUUAUUUGGUGAUGUGUGUGAGUUGCAAGUGCUGGAGGAAAGUAUCAGACCCAAAGAAACCCUCGAGCACUGGGGUCUUGAUUACUUUGUGGAGGCGUUGCUGCUGCUCACUCCAAGGUCAUGAGCCAACACUGGACUCCCUUACAAGUAUUGUAUGAUGGUGGUAAGGAGGAUGAAGUUGAAUUUACCACACUAAACAAUUAUUCACUAUAUCUAAGCAAGCUCUGAAUAUGAAACAGUUACUGAACACAUGUUACUUACAGAAGACAUUAUCUUAGUCCUCUAAAGUGGCUUAACCAUCCCUUGCUGUAGUGAUGGCAGCUAUGGGGGUGGGUGGGAUCAUCCAACCACCCACACAGUGCUAAUAAUGUUAAGAAACAAUGAAUAGGAAAUAAACACUCAGGUCUUGGGGUUUGGAUCCUGCUUGAUCUGGAUCCUUGCUAGUUAACCCACUUUGUAACAUUUUAUAACUUAGAAUGAGUUAGUAAUAUUACCCAAUUGCCAUUUUGUCGUCAUCAAUGUUAUGUUGCUCCCAGGAAUUCAAUAAUAAGUUUUCAACAUGCUCCUGCCGUCCAUAGAAAAUAAACUUUAUACUGCUGUGUUGUAUUAGGUUGGGUUUAAAUCUCAAUCACAUUCAAUCUGUAGACCUACUUCACUGGCAGUGUUAGUGACAGAGAAGUCCCGAUGUUUGUGUUAUCACAGAAGGUGUUAUCCACCUGACUUGCUCAAGUUUAGGCCAGGUCAAGUGGUUGUGUUUGAGAAUCAGAAGAGGGGUCAUGUGGCCUCUCUUUUAGGCUAACACCUAGCUAUGUUACUUAUAAUACCUCCACUUGGGUAUUAUUAUAUUUACUUUCAUAUGUUUCACUCUGGGCAUACUCAGGGAUGGUAUGUAAAAUAAUAAAUUUUCUCUUCCUCUCAUGUAAUGGUCCAAGCCAGAAUAGAGGUGAUCCAGUCAUUUUACUACAUUGAAAAGGAACUGCUAAAAUGCACUCAUGUUGACUUAGGGGCUGUAUGUAAGUGACAGACCAAUCACCCGCACCACAUGUUGGGAGAGAUUCCUGUUUGUGACAACCAAUACCUGCAGAUAUGAGCCUGGCUGGCCAAAACCACAUUUUGACCUGAAGAGAGGAUGAGUGGCAGUGGGAGUGGGUGUCGUGAGAGAGACUAACGUGAGGAGUGUAAGUGAGAGUGACACUGGGUGUGUGUAUGACUGUGUAGAUGUUUUUGUUUGAUUUUAUUUUCAUGUGGGAGGAAGUAAAUACAUUAUGAAAACUUACAGAA